AUGAUAUGCAAUCUGACUGAUUGUAACAAGACAUACCAGCGAAAUGUGGCUAGUGGCAAGGUUUACAGGCAAAUGUUUGACGCCGAAGUUCAGUUAGUGUCAAGUUUAAUGAAAUCAAAAUCGGAGAUAGAAGAAAAGUGGAGUUCAUUGAAGAGUGUCGCUAGGGAGCCAAAGAUCCUGCUAGCACCACCAAAGAAGUGCUACGUUGGUGACGACGACUAUGACGUCACUGAUGGUGACGGAGAUGAUGAAUUGAGGAAAGUUCGCAGGAAAGUGUCGUCUUUGCCCGAUAUUAUCGUAAAGCAGGAAUCAUCCUCCAGACGAGACAACAUACUUGAACGUGUCAAAAAUAUGAAAUCGGCCAAGUUGUAG